AUGUCAGGAGAUUAUGAUGAGGAUAGGCAUCGCAAGGCAAUGGAGCUCCUUCAUGUGCUAUGUUCCAACACAUGUGCUGCCCAGGAACGUGAAAAGUGUCAGGAAUUGACAGGGCAUGUGGGUCCCAUCAACACAGAGAUCCUGGUUAGUCUUCUGUCAGUGAUUGUGACUUUCUGUGGGAUUGUGCUGCUGGGCGUCUCCCUUUUCGUCUCUUGGAAACUAUGUUGGAUCCCCUGGCGGGACAAAGGAUCCUCAUCACAAACCCAACGCAAGGAGCAUCCCCUCCAUGCUCAUCUCCACCACUCGCCUUUUGGGGAUCUCCUGGCUGAGCGGGUGGAACUGGGUCCUGAAAUGCCUGAGAGAUCAUACCUCGAUAUGGAUUCCUAUCCCGAGGCCAACCUCAAGGUUAGCCAAACCUCCCCUGACCUCCCCGUGGAAAGUCAGACCGGUACCAAGGAAGGCAGCAUUCCCAAUGCUCACUCCCACCAGCAAGUAGCAAGCUUGGCACCCACUCCCAGGUACAACACACUGCCACGUCCUGUGACCCAGCAAUUGAGCAGCCCAGACACUGGAGUCCAUGUUGGAGGAGAAGACAAGGUGGAACAAGUGACGAGCAUUGGGCAGAUAAAACCUGAACUGUAUAAACAGCGCUCAGGUGAGGCAGACUCCAAGAAAGGGGAGGCUCCAAGCUGUGGACAAUUAAGCUUUGCCCUCCGCUAUGCCUAUAGCACGGAGCAGCUGGUGGUCAGGAUACUCCGAGCUUUGGACUUACCUGCCAAAGAUGCAAAUGGUUUCUCUGACCCCUAUGUGAAAAUGUACCUUCUGCCUGACCGUAAAAAGAAAUUUCAGACAAAGGUGCAUCGCAAAACCCUCAAUCCUAUUUUCAAUGAGACCUUUAACUUCAAUGUCCCCUUUGCUGAACUGCCCUCACGUAAGCUUCAUUUUAGUGUCUAUGAUUUUGACCGUUUCUCCCGUCAUGAUCUGAUUGGCCAAGUCGUCCUGGACAACCUGCUGGAGAUUGCUGAGCGGGACAAUGAUGCUCCCCUCUGGCGGGACAUCAUGGAAGCCAGUUCGGAAAAAGCGGACCUUGGCGAAUUGAAUUUUUCCCUCUGUUACCUACCCACUGCUGGUCGUCUCACAGUUACCAUCAUUAAGGCUACCAACCUCAAAGCCAUGGACCUGACUGGAUUUUCUGAUCCCUAUGUCAAAGCAUCCCUCAUGUGUGAAGGGAGACGCUUGAAGAAGCGUAAGACUUCCAUCAAGAAAAACACUUUGAACCCCAGUUACAAUGAAGCUCUUGUCUUUGACAUUCCCCAGGACAGCAUGGAGCAUGUCAGCAUUACCUUGGCAGUCAUGGAUUAUGAUUGUAUUGGGCAUAAUGAAGUCAUUGGCAUGUGUCGAGUGGGCAAUGAUGCUGAUGCACCCGGGAGAGAUCAUUGGGCUGAGAUGCUGGCAAAUCCACGUAAGCCCAUUGAACAUUGGCACCAGCUAGUAGAGGAGAAGACUUUGAACAGCUAUAUCAACAAGAAUCCUCCAGCUCGAGACAAACCUAGCAUCAUAGUAGAAAGCGUUCAUUCAGACUAA